CCAGAAAUCGAGACUCCGAAACACUGCUGCGCUUUCUUGAUUAAUCAGACGAUUUCGAUUCGAUGGUUCAUAUUGAUGAUUGCUUUUGUUGGACUCAGUUGCUCGCUCGUCGGCACCGUGCUAGGAACCUUCAAGACCGGUAGAGAACACCUCACGAUAGCGUUAUUGAUGAUCGGUGUCGGCAUCGUCCUCAUAACGGUAUCUGGGGUGGCUUGGCGUCUCACAGCCUACGAUUCGGUUUCAUCGUGCGGAACAAUGCUGGGUCUCACAACCGAUCCCCAUGCGGAGCCAAACCGGAGAUUUGUGAAUAGAAUGCCCCCUUACGGUAGAUACAAUCAUCCCUACGCAGCAAUGAUGUAUCCAGAGUUCCAUUAUCGGCCACCUCCUCCAACGUACCAAGCAUCAAUGCAGGAGUACAGGCUGCGACUCCUGUUUGAUCGACACCAAAAUACAACGACGACGGCGGCUGUCGGUCCCGUUUCACCACCCCCAACUUAUCGAUCUGCGCAGUCUACACUCGAGCACAGCAGACCUCAUCUGAACCAGGUCAUAGUGGAAGAUUACUCCCGACCGCCUUCGUAUAGAUCGAGAGCGUCUUCGUCACACGGAGGUCCUGCCUCGAUGCUCCGCUCAUGCUUAGGAGAUGUUGCCCGGUCGACAGACACUCUGGCCACAACUCCUCCGUCAGAGAGCGUUCCCAACCCGUUGGCCUCCGCUGUCGAAAUGGAGAAGAGUCCGCGGGAGUCGACGGGUGCCCCGGACAACGGAACCGAGAAGGACACUUCCGCGAGAGGAAGCGACGUAGUCAAAGUUUACGUUAAUUUCGCCCAGGAGUAG